GCGCCGGGCGGGGCCGUUCCGCGCCGCUCGCCCUGACCGCGGCCCCGGCCCCGGUACCGGCCCCGCCCGCCCGCGCCCCGGCCCCGCCGGGCCCAGCCCCGGCCCCGGCACCCCCGGCACCGCCGACAUCACCCCGGCACCACCGGCACCCCCGGCCGAGGGGCCCGCACCCCCCCAGGCCAGGGGGCAGCGGAGGGGCGCGGGGGGGCCCCCGCCAUGGCCUGCCUGCACGAGACGCGGACACCCUCGCCCUCGCUGGCGCUGGCCUCGGAUGGGACCCCGGAGCAGGAGCUGACCCCUACGCAGUGCGUGCUGCGCGACGUGCUGCCCCCGCCCCCCGCCGCCCCUGCCGCCCCCGCCGAGGCCUGGCCCCGCCGCGGGCCCCCCCGGCACCCUGACCUGGGGCCCGAGGGUGCGGGACCCCUGGCCGCCGAGGCCGCCCACCUGCGGUGCCAGGCUGGGGGGGGGUUCCUGGAGGGGCUUUUUGGCUGCCUCAAGCCCGUCUGGACCAUGAUCGGCAAAGCCUACGCCGCCGAGCACAAGCACCCCCAGGAAGACCCCUGGGAGGUGCCAUUCGAGGAGAUCCUGGACCUUCAGUGGGUGGGCAGUGGGGCGCAGGGUGCCGUCUUCCUGGGCCGCUUCCAUGGUGAGGAGGUGGCUGUGAAGAAGGUGCGGGACCUCAAGGAGACUGACAUCAAGCACCUGCGCAAGCUCAAGCACCCCAACAUCAUCACCUUCAAGGGUGUGUGCACCCAGGCACCCUGCUACUGCAUCAUCAUGGAGUUCUGCGCCCAGGGCCAGCUCUACGAGGUGCUGCGCGCCGGGCGCAAGGUCACCCCCUCCCUCCUCGUCGACUGGUCCAUGGGCAUCGCCGGCGGCAUGAACUACCUGCACCUCCACAAGAUCAUCCACCGCGACCUCAAGUCACCCAACAUGCUCAUCACCUACGACGACGUGGUGAAGAUCUCGGACUUUGGCACCUCCAAGGAGCUCAUUGACAAGAGUACCAAGAUGUCCUUUGCUGGCACCGUGGCCUGGAUGGCACCCGAGGUCAUCCGCAACGAGCCUGUCUCCGAGAAAGUUGACAUCUGGUCCUUCGGGGUGGUGCUGUGGGAGCUGCUGACGGGUGAGAUCCCCUACAAGGACGUGGACUCGUCGGCCAUCAUCUGGGGGGUGGGCAGCAACAGCCUCCACCUGCCCGUCCCCUCCGGCUGCCCCGACGGCUUCAAGGUGCUGCUGCGCCAGUGCUGGAACAGCAAGCCCCGGAACCGGCCGUCCUGGCAGAUCCUGCUGCACCUCGACAUCGCCUCUGCCGAUGUCCUCUCCACCCCGCAGGAGACCUACUUCAAAUCCCAGGCGGAGUGGCGGGAGGAGGUGAAGCUGCACUUUGAGAAGAUCAAGUCGGAGGGGACAUGUCUGCACCGGCUGGAGGAGGAGCUCAUCAACCGCCGGCGCGAGGAGCUCCGGCACGCGCUGGACAUCCGGGAACACUACGAGCGCAAGCUGGAGCGCGCCAACAACCUCUACAUGGAGCUCAGCGCCCUCAUGCUGCAGCUGGAGCUCAAGGAGAAAGAGCUGCUCAGGCGGGAGCAGGCACUGGAGAAGCGCUACCCUGGGCUCUUCAAGCCGCGGGCACCACGGGGGCUCCUGCACGGCAACGCCGUCGAGACCCUCAUCAAGAAACGCAACGUCCCCCAGAAGCUUUCACCCCACGGCAAGCGACCCGACAUCCUGAAGCCGGAGGUGCUGCUGCCCAAGCUGGAUGCGGCCAUGGCACAGGUGGCCCUGCCGGGGUGUCCCAAGGGCCCCCCCUCGCCCGGGCGCAGCCGCCGGGCCAAGGGCCGCCAUCGCAAAGCGGGACCCCGGGGGGGCUGCGGGGAGCCAGGCCCCGAGGCUGGACCCCCCCGGGGGCUCGCCGGCCCCCCUCCAACCACCACCGGCCCCGAUCUCCUUGGGGGUACCCUGGAGGCUGUGGGUGCCCCCCCAGCCACGGUACCUGAUGCAGGACCUGAGGGGGCAACAGGUUCCCAAGGGUCCCCCCCACCGCAGCCCCCCGUGCCCGGUGAGCCUGAGCGGGAGAGCGGGGCCGGCCGGGGGGGGAAAGUGGGGGCCGGGCAGCACCUCACCCCCGCAGCACUGCUGUACCGCGCGGCUGUCACCCGUGGGCAGAAGCGGGGGGUCUCAUCAGAGGAAGAGGAGGGUGAAGUGGACAGCGAGGUGGAGCUGCCACUGCGGCAGAGGUGGCCCCCGGGCAUGAGCAAGCGCCAGUCGCUGUCGACCUUCAGCUCGGAGAACUUCUCGGACGGGGACGGGGACGAGGGGCACACGAGCGAGCCCUCGCACAGUGCCACCCCCGACGUGGGCAGCACCAACACGGACGAGCGGCCCGACGACCGCUCCGAGGACCUGCUCUCCCAGGGCUCCGAGAUCCCCCUGGAUGCCGCCGCGCCCCCCGAGGGUCCCGGCCGCCGUCAUGGGGGGCUCAGCCCCAAGGUCUCUGAGGACUCUGACUGCGACAGCGCAGAGCUGGACCACUCAGGCAGCGGCGAGGGGCCCCCCCGGCCCACAGCCCCCCCCGGCCUGUGACCUGUCCCCACCACCACCACCCUGCACACCCCCCACUUGUACAGCCCCAAAUAUUUAUAUAAAUAUCUAUC